AUGGCAUCUUCCAUUCAAUCUGUCCAAGAUCCGUGGUCUCCGUCCAACUAUUCUCUUAACGCCAGUUUCGUACACACCAUUCCGCUGGAUGAUCUUAUCAGCCUACUCUCUCCCGAAUCUCACGAACGUAUCUUAGACCUAGGGUGCGGUGAUGGUACUCUUACAUUCAAACUCCAACAAAUGUGCAAAGAAUGCAUUGGUAUCGAUAAGAGUCAAAAAAUGAUUGAGGCAGCGCGUAAGAAAGGAUGUAAGAAUUUAAGUGUAGUUGACGGGGAGAAAUUAGAAGAUUGGGUUGUCGAACAGGGGCUUGAAGGAUCUUUUGAUGCCGAAGCUGUAAUCGAAGGAGUUCGCAGAUGCCUUAAACCUGGUGGAAGAUUUGUAGCCGAACUAGGAGGACACGGCAAUGUUCAGGGUAAAUACAUCAUUAACG